AUGAAAGACAUUUCAUAUGCUUCACUUGUUGGGAGGCUUAUGUAUGCACAGGUCUGCACUAGACCUGAUAUUGCCUUUGUAGUAGAAAAGCUUGGCAGAUAUCAAAAUAACCAUGAUCUUGAUCAUUCGAAAGCUGGCAAAAAUGUUUUGAAAUAUUUACAAGAAAUCAAGGAUCUUAAGCUUACAUACAAAUAUUCUAACUCAUUGGAAGUCAUUGGAUAUUCAGACUCCAAUUUGAAUGGAUGCAAAGACAGUGAUAAAUCUAUUUUUGGAUACAUGUUCCUUCUUGUUAGAGAUGUUGUGUCCAAGAGAAGUGUUAAGCAAACCAUUGUUACAACAUCCACAAUGAAAGCUGAAUUUAUAGCAUGCUAUGAAGCUACAUCACAAGCAUUAGAUUGA